GUAAACCAGCACUGGGUGUGUGGUGGGUGAGGGGGUGGGAGGAACAGGAAGUGGUUAGCAGCAAAGGGAGGAGCUGAGGUCUGCAGUUUCAUUUUCAACGACACAAGAAAAAGCUGAGAGGAGAAGCUUUCCAUCGAAGAUGAACAUGGAAAUCGUCAAGGAGAUCACGUCCAUUGCCAAAAAGAUCUACUCCCUGGUAGAGAAAGUGAAGGCCAAUAAAAAGCGCAGCCAGCGCGUUGGUUUGCGUGUCAAAGCCCUGGACGACCUGGUGAGGUCCAUCAAAAAAGAACAAAGCGGAAGGUGCAAAGAGGUGAAAAAGUGCCUGACGGAGCUCUCCUGCACCCUGACAACGGCCAAGGAGCUCAUCCAGAGUUACACUGAGGCCACCUGGGUGAAGCGCCUGGUGAAGGUCGGCAGCCACAAGGACGAGUUCAACUGUGUGAACGAUCGCCUCACCGACGCCUUCCAGAACCUGUCUGGAGCUCUGCAAGUGGAGCAGAGCAUCGUGCAGCACCGGGUGUUCGAGCUGGUCUCCAGAAUGAAGGAGGACGAGGAGGACAGGGCGGAGGACGAAGCUGAGCUGAAGACACGGCUCCUGGAAUACAUGCAGGAGCAGCAGAGAGACAUGGAAAUCCUCAAAAACAACGUGGAAAAAAUACUUCACGGAAUGGCGCAGCCCAGCAUCACGGAUCAACAGAUCCGAAACAUCAAACAUCACGAGUUGAAAUACGACGAUGUCAAAAAGCCCUUCAUGGUCACAGCGAACACGGAGGUCUACAAAGGAGAGUUCAACGGGUUCCCGGUGGCCAUCAAGAGAUACGUUGACCCGCUGAACAUCAGCCAGAGUGAGCUGCAGAAAAUCUUCGACAAGGAGGUGGAAACCAUGCGGCGGUUCGAGUCGCCCAACAUCCUGCGAAUGUUUGGCAUCUGUGUGCAGAGCGGGCCCGGAACCAGCCCCCGGUUCCUCAUCAUCAUGGAGUACUGUGAGAAGGGAAGUCUCCGCGACGUCUUGGACUCGGAUUGGGCCGCUCUCUCCUGGCCCACCAGGGCUCGGAUGUGUCGGGACGCAGCGCGAGGGCUCUACCGACUGCACCAGACUGAAGAGAAAUCAAAGGUUCACGGAUGCCUCAACAGCAACAAGUUCCUGGUGGCUGAAGGCUACACGGUCAAGCUGGGAGGCUUCGAGCUGGCAAAAACCGAGACGUCCCUGAGGAAGACGAGGAGGAAGGAAAGCAUCAGUUCGCUGUGCUACACGUCUCCAGAGAUGCUCAACGACGUCAACCUCAAUUACAGCAAAGAGUCUGAGAUCUACAGCAUUGGAAUCGUCAUGUGGGAAAUUGCUAGUGGCAGGAGACCCUUUGAUGGUUGGUCAAACAAGGAGAUCAAUAACAAAGUGUGCAAUGAGAAAUUCAAGGAGGAGCUCCCCUCCGAUUGUCCCGAAGAACUGGCUAGACUGAUCGACGACUGCCGGGACUACGACCAGUUCUGCAGGCCGUCUGCUGGAGUGCUGGUGGAUAAACUGCCCAGCGUGGUGGCCCAGAUAGACCGGCCCUGAGCCUUCUGGUCAUGGACAUCCUCAGAAGAACAAACUUCUUUGUACUCCACACGGAGGGUUUACGCUAAAAACCACACUUCUCUAUUCCUGUUCUCCUGGUUGAGCAUCCCAUAAUGUUCAAACCUUGCUUUGUUUUUUUAGCGAAUUACGUUUUUGAUGUUAGGGGGCCACAGCUUGUGCUAAAAUUUUGCAUAGUUACUUCACGGUAACAUGGAUGAUACUGAAUAUACUAUCAGAUACUAUAUACUAUCUACUUUCGGAAAUAUAAAUGUCCCCCAGUCAAUGGUGAGUCUGAAUUGUUCCUGUGAUUUAAACAUAAAUUGAGCAAGUGAGACGAGGCGGCAAACUCCGGCUCUUUAGAGUGAAGUCAAAGCUUCAUGUGUUAAAGCUGCAUUCUCUAUAGUGACCAGCAGGGGGCGACUCCUCUGGUCCCAUAGAAGUCUGAGAAAAUGACUACUUCUCUCUUGAUUUAUUCCCUCAGUAAACAUUGUAAACAUGACUUCAUGGUCUCAAUCUUUAAUUUAAAGUCUUCAUCAAUACUGCAUGAUGUUCAUUAAGUAAAUGAUGGUUUGAACUGGAUAAAAAUGAUAUUGCUCACCAUUGACUCCCAUACAUAUUUUUUCUGACUAAUACUAUGUUUUGAUAUACAAGCACCUUUUGUUUCUGAUUUGUCUCUUUUUUGCAUUUCUUUGGGGUGAUUUGUAUCUCUUAUUGAUUGAUAUAAAGUCUCUUGUGAAUCAAUGUUGUCUGAGGGAGCCUCUGAAUACACGUCUGAGGAGCGGCCUCUCUGGUCCUUCUUCUCAGGGUCGAGGACCAGAGACAUUUACUCGCUUCAACGCUUCAAUUGCUUCAACGCAGCGACGUGGAUCUGAUGUGUCUCUGCAGGGACACAUCAGAUCGAAGGGGACAGGUUUUCAGUCUGUUCCCACACACCUGGUGCCGUGGAACUUUCACACCAUUGGACUCAUGAUCAGCUUUAGACAUUUAAUCCAAUAAAACAUGAUAGCAUCAUUAUAUUUUGCCAUUACGUGUUUGAUUCAACAUGGCUGCUGUAAUAUACCCUGAAUUAAACCAGUAAAAAAAAA